AUGGAGACCGCUGAGCUACAAAGGGUUGGAGUCGUUCAACGUGUUCCUCUGCUUAUCAUUAACUUCGUUGCUGGAGCUCUGGUUUUGCUCUGUGCUCUUGCUGGAUUUGUCACAGGAGGUAUUGCUGGUGCUUUAGCUGGAAAAGCUUCUGAUAAAGGUGUUGUUCGUGGAGCUGGACUGGGUGCUGUUGCUGGGGCUGUACUCUCUGUAGAGAUUUUGGAGGCGUCACGUGAUUUACUGCGACUAGGUCGGCCUGGUUCACGAAGAUCUUCAUUGAUGGCAGAAAUUACAGAGGAGCUUAUUUGUUGGAGAUUUGAGGAGGAAAACUUAGCACCACCAGAAGGGCACACUGCUAACCAGUGGCAGGUUACCUUCGCUAAUCUUCGCCGUGAUGAGAUUUAUGAUGCCUUUGGAGGAUCUGAAACUAAAGGGCUGUCAAGGGAUGUGCUGAAGAAACUACCAUCUCAUGUGAUUGUGGGGGAUACCAGGGCAGCUCAAGGUUUCUGUUGUACGAUAUGUUUGCAGGAUGUUGAAGUAGGAGAAAUUGCAAGGACCCUGCCCCUGUGUCAGCAUAAAUUUCAUCUGGCAUGUGUGGACAAGUGGCUCAUCAGACAUGCUUCGUGCCCGUUAUGCAGACAAAAUGUGUGA